AGAAUUCCAGGCUUUUUAGUCAUUGUGUUGUUUUGUUUUUCUUUCUCGAGAAAAGUCCCAUCUUGUUCCUUUUUUUGAUAAGCUCAAAAUAUUGCCUAUUUUAGCAUAAUUGAGUAAAAGAAAGUAGCAUUUGGGUAUUUGAGAUUUUUCCAGUUCUUGAUAGAGCUGGAUUGUGUAAAGACUGAAACUUUAUCAUUUGGGUGUUUGAGUUUUUUCCAGUUCUUGGAAAGUGCUAGUUUGUGUAAAGACUGAAGCUUUGUCAUUUGGGUGUGUGAGAUUUUUCAGUUCUUAAAGUGCUAGUUGUGUAAAGACUGAAACUUGAAAAGUGCUAGUUUAUGUAAAGACCGUAACUCUGUCAUUUGGGUGUUUGAGCAAUAUUUAUUUGGCUUGCUCAGGAUGAAGCAAUAUUGAAGAGGAAUCUGUACUGCAAAGGAUGUUGUAUCUGUUUUGGAAUGUGGGGCUGCUACUACUAUGUAUAUUGAUGGAGAGUUCUUGUGCUACACUUUCUCCUGCCGGUGUAAAUUAUGAAGUUGUUGCUUUGACGGAAAUUAAGAAGGCCUUACAUGACCCCUAUAAUGUUCUGGACAAUUGGGAUGUGAAUUCUGUAGACCCUUGCAGUUGGAGAAUGGUCACUUGUUCCUUUGAUGGCUAUGUGUCUGCUCUUGCACUACCUAGUCAAAGUCUAUCUGGCACCUUAUCGCCUGGAAUUGGCAAUCUUACAAACUUGCAAUAUGUAUUGUUGCAAAACAAUGCCAUUUCUGGUCAUAUUCCUGAUGUGAUUGGGAAGUUACAAACGCUUCAGACAAUUGAUCUUUCCAACAAUAAAUUCGAAGGCAAAAUACCAACUUCCUUUGAAGACCUGAAGAAUUUGAAUUAUUUGGAUGUCUCUUAUAAUAAUCUGAGUGGUACCCUUCCUAAAAUAUCAGCGCGAGCUUUCAAAGUGCUUGGGAAUCCUUUAAUUUGUGGUCAAGGUUCUGAGAAUAAUUGUUCAGCUGUCUAUCCAGAACCACUGUCCUUUCCACCUGAUAGUCUGGCAGAUCAACCAGGUGCUGCACGCAAGAGCCAUCGCAUGGUUGUUGCAUUUGUUGCAAGUUUUAGUGCUGCUUUCUUGUUCAUAGUAGCCAUUGCUUUGCUACUUUGGUGGCGCUACAGACAUAAUCAGCAGAUCUUCUUUGAUGUCAACGAGCAUUGUUAUCCAGAGGUAUGCUUGGGUCACCUGAAAAGGUACACCUUUAAGGAACUGCGGACUGCCACUGAUCAUUUCAGCUCAAAACGUAUUUUGGGGAAGGGAGGAUUUGGGGUUGUGUAUAAAGCCUGCUUAAAUAAUGGUACUAUUGUGGCCGUCAAAAGAUUAAAUGACUACAAUGCUGUUGGUGGUGAAAAUCAAUUUCAGACAGAAGUAGAGUUGAUUAGCUUGGCUGUCCAUCGGAAUCUUCUCCGUCUUUUGGGGUUUUGUUCAACUGAAAGUGAACGCCUUCUUGUUUAUCCCUAUAUGCCAAAUGGAAGUGUAGCAUCACGAUUAAAAGAUAGCAUAUAUGGUAAGCCAGUUUUAGACUGGUCAAGGCGGAAAAAGAUAGCAAAAGGUACAGCGCGAGGGCUAGUUUACUUGCAUGAGCAGUGUGAUCCCAAAAUUAUCCAUCGUGAUGUCAAAGCUGCCAACAUUUUGUUGGAUGAAGAAUUUGAGGCCGUAGUUGGUGAUUUUGGGUUGGCAAAGCUCUUGGAUCACAGAGAUUCUCAUGUGACAACUGCUGUUAGGGGCACCAUUGGCCACAUUGCUCCAGAAUAUUUAUCAACUGGCCAAUCGUCUGAAAAAACUGACGUUUUUGGGUUUGGAAUCUUGCUACUUGAGCUGAUUACAGGCCAGAAAGCUAUGGAUUUUGGUCGAGGGGCCAACAAGAAAGGUGUUGUUAUGCUUGAUUGGGUGAGAAAGCUGCAUCAAGAGGAGAAAUUGAACCUUAUAGUAGAUAAAGAUUUGAAAAAUAACUUUGACAGAAUUGAGCUAGAAGAGAUGGUUAAAGUUGCUCUUCUAUGUACCCAUUUCAACCCUUCUCAUCGCCCAAAAAUGUCCGAAGCAUUAAGGAUGUUGGAGGGAGAUGGUUUUGCUGAAAAAUGGGAAGCAUCACAAAAGCUUGAGACUCCAAGAAACCGAGCUUUUGAACACGCUCCACAAAGAUAUUCCAACUACGUUGAAGAAUCGUCACUAGUUGAACCCAUGGAACUUUCUGGACCUCGAUGACAUCCAAUUUCCGUUCUUCUCAGUUUUUAUCAUCCUUGAGUUGCCGAAGUUGAAAGUGAGAAUCAUCUCAUUGCUGUUGAUAGAUGUCGAGUGUAUGUAUUUAUCCGCAAAAGAAAAGGGAAAAAGUCACGAGUAAGCUGAGUUCAUAUAUUUCCUCUUGUUCUUUAAAUUUUGAAGUGAUGCCACGUAAUUAUGAUUUCAUUGUUCAUAGUAUGUUAUUAAGUUUUAUUUGGGGCCAGUGCUUGUACAAGCCACGGGAUGGCGUCCACUUGUUAUAUCAACACAUUUUUACUGAAAUUACGAGUGAUAAUUCAAAAUAACCAUUUGUGUA